AUGUUUCGUCGAUGUUUGCGACUCACAAUUCCCCAUUUGCGGGAUCUGAUUCACCGCUUAGACAAUUUUGAAAAGGAACUUAUUGAACUGAGGGCCUUUCGUCAGUUGGUUGAGGCGUCUUCACCAGACCUGGCAGCUGCAGCUGAUGCGCUUACAAAGGAGCGACGAAAGGUACAGGAGGAUUUAGACGUUGCUAUGGGCAAUCCUUUAACGGCCGAUGAGUUUGUGGAGUUGAACCAAUUUUACGCACUUCAAAAGGAAAAGAGGUUACCACUGGUAAAUAUGGUGCAUAUACGAAAUACUGACGAUCUCUACAUGUAUGCAAAACUUUUUCAUCGUGAAAACCUGGUGCGUUUGGCACAGAGGGCCCGUGCCUUAACUCAUGCCCCUAUGGGAUUGUCUCAAAUGCCUUCUAUACAGGAGUUGCGCCGGUGGUAUGAAUGGAGCUUUCAUGGUAUAAAGUCCACUAAACUUCCUGUUGAUUUGGAAAGUGCGCGGCAAUUUCAUUCGAUGAUACGAUGCGUAUUUUUGAGACACUACAACGUGAGUGCAUUAUUAAGUGAGGGUAUUUACGAGCUUGCACAACGGGAGAUGUGGAGUGAACGCGACUUUUGCGAUCAAUCACUUACGCUUGUCUUUGAGGAGCUUCAGUUAUUUUUUGAUGACUUUUGUAGUGGUCGUGUGAGGCUGCGUUUUCUAGUGGGCCAUUACAUGUACUUGUCUACGCAUAUUCUACCUGUAGAGGAGACGGACCCUGAAAAGUUGACUGCCCCUUUGUUUUUUGAUCAUGAUCCGAACACUUUUGUUGGUAUGAUAUGUCGUGAGUGUUCGUUGGUAACUGUCUUGAGGUGUGCCAUCCGCGCAGCAAAUGAGUUGUAUGCAGAAUCUAAUGUUGAGCUUCGUGUCGCUGGCGAUCCGGACCUAACCUUUCUUGGUAUACCGUAUAUAAUGUAUGAUAUCGUGUCUGCCAUGAUUGAUGAUGCCGUGCAGGCGAAUAUGAUGCGGCAGGAAAAGUUUGGUGUAGCUUGCACACCCGUAGUGGUGACUAUUUCUCAGAGAGAUGAAAACGAACAAAUUUGUGUUAGUGUAUCAGAUACUGCGGGUGGAGUGCCACUCGAAGAGGUGAAGCAUGUCUUGAAGUACUGGUCAUCAUUCAAGGCCACUGAUAAUGAGAAAAAGGCGGCUAAAACGUGGAUUCACAGUCCUAUUAGAAUGCCAUAUGCAUAUUGUGCGGCCAAAGUAAUGGGGGGUGAUAUUUCUGUUGUGUCAAUUGAGGGAUACGGUACCGACCGUAUUUUGUACGUCCCCCGCUCCGGCAUUAUAAAUAUCAGCAUUUAG